AUGGACAUUGGUAGAGAUAUGAAAUUGGAAUUCGGUGGAAUGGGCGACUCGGUUGGACCAGCUGUUCAAAAUCAGAACAGCUCACUUUACAACGAAUUAAUGGCAUCUUCUGGAUUACUCACACUGGGAGGUCGAAUUCGAAGGGUGUCGGCCGGUGAUUUGGAAUUAUUAGCUGAAUUGGGUCACGGAAGCUGUGGACAUGUAUCGAAAAUGCGAUAUGAUGCCAAUAUCAUUGCCGUAAAAACUAUGCCAAGAAGCAGCAAUCCGGUUGAAAGCAAGCGAAUCAUCAUGGAUCUUCGAAUAUUAUCGCGUGCAUAUGAUUGUCCUCAUAUUGUUCACUCAUAUGGAUAUAUAAUUACCGAGAACGAGGUUAUGAUAUGCAUGGAAGCUAUGGCUUCUUGCCUGGACUUGUUAUUGAAGCGAACGGGCAAUGAACCGAUACCGGAGCCUAUAGUUGGAAAAAUGUCCGUGAGUGUCGUGAAAGCACUCGACUAUCUCAAAGAAAAUCAUAACGUGAUUCAUCGUGAUGUCAAAGCCGUCAAACAUUUUGCUAGACUGGAAUGGCGUGAUUAA